AUGGUGAAGUUCCUGCUCCGCAAGUAUCGAACCAAGGAGCCAACUUCCGAUGCCGAAUUGCUGAAUGAAGUCCUCAGGGAUAACCAGGAGCACUACCCGGUGGUUUUCCGCCAAGCGGUUGAGUGCGUUCUGCUGGUCUUUGGGGUGGAUGUGAAGGAGGUAGACCGCAGGAAGCACAUCUACAUCAUGGUUCCCACCCUGGGCCUCACCUGUGAUGCAAUGCAGAGAGGUGGGCAGGGCCUGCCCAAGGCCGGCCUCCUGGUGGUGGUCCUCAGCGUGAUCCUCCAGAAUAGGGAUCGUGGCCCUGAGGAGGAGAUCUGGGGAGCACUCAACAAGAUGGGGGUGUAUGUUGGGAGGGAGCACUCCAUCUUUGGGGAGCCCAGGGAGCUACUGACCCAAGUGUGGGUGCGGGAUGGAUACCUGGAGUACCGGCAGGUGCCUGACAGCACCCCUGCUCGCUACGAGUUCCUGUGGGGUCCCCGGGCCUUUGCGGAGACCAGCAAGGAGAAAUUCACGGAGUAUCUGCUCAAGGUCAACCAAAGGGCUUUUAGGUCCUUCCCACUCCCUUCUGCAGAGGAUCUUCCUCUCUGUUUUUCCUCGUCUGCCACUGAGGAGGCCUUGCCCCAGGAAGCUCUGAAUAAAAUGGUGGCUAACAUGGUGAAGUUCCUGCUCCGCAAGUAUCGAACCAAGGAGCCAACUUCCGAUGCCGAAUUGCUGAAUGAAGUCCUCAGGGAUAACCAGGAGCACUACCCGGUGGUUUUCCGCCAAGCGGUUGAGUGCGUUCUGCUGGUCUUUGGGGUGGAUGUGAAGGAGGUAGACCGCAGGAAGCACAUCUACAUCAUGGUUCCCACCCUGGGCCUCACCUGUGAUGCAAUGCAGAGAGGUGGGCAGGGCCUGCCCAAGGCCGGCCUCCUGGUGGUGGUCCUCAGCGUGAUCCUCCAGAAUAGGGAUCGUGGCCCUGAGGAGGAGAUCUGGGGAGCACUCAACAAGAUGGGGGUGUAUGUUGGGAGGGAGCACUCCAUCUUUGGGGAGCCCAGGGAGCUACUGACCCAAGUGUGGGUGCGGGAUGGAUACCUGGAGUACCGGCAGGUGCCUGACAGCACCCCUGCUCGCUACGAGUUCCUGUGGGGUCCCCGGGCCUUUGCGGAGACCAGCAAGGAGAAAUUCACGGAGUAUCUGCUCAAGGUCAACCAAAGGGCUUUUAGGUCCUUCCCACUCCCUUCUGCAGAGGAUGUGAGGGAGGAGGUAGGGGGACCCUGA